AUGGAGAAAAGAAAAUACAAGCAGAUCUCGGGGAAACGACCAGAUUGCUCCCUCCCAAAACACUAUAUACGGCCCUCUUCGUCAGACAGCAGCCUGAAGGUGUUGUAUGAUUGUGAAAAUGCAACACUCGAUGUCUGCUUUAUUCAUGGCCCAGAUGGCAAUCCUGGAAGCGCCUGGACAGCUUCCGGCCAGUCUGCACCGUGGCCGGGAAUCUUGCUUCCUCCAAAGCUUUCGAGUGCUCGUGUCCUUGCAUACGAUUUUGAAGAAUAUCAGACAACCGAAGAUGUCGCGUCAACGCCGGACGGUCUGCAACAGGUUGCGAUGGGGCUCCUAAGGAGCCUUGUUAGUGACAGAGCUCAGUUCCACGCAUCACAUCGUCCUAUCAUCUUCGUUGCUCAUAGUCUGGGAGGUUUUAUAUGCAAGAAAGCGUUGCUUUUGUCACAAAGCUUGCCUCACCUUGACGAAAUUUGGUAUGAUACUCGGGGGAUCAUCUUCAUGGGCACCCCCCAUGGCGAAAUCACUGAAUUGGCCAUUCGGUCGUCGCCAGCCUCUGCUGUCAUAAAGCCCAUGUUGGAGACAUUCGGUGCACGUUUGCAGGACCUUCAGAGCGUGCAGGAUGAGUUUCUGUCCAUGAUUCAAGCCAGACAGAAGGACAAAGCCAAGUUGGAGAUUAUGUGCUUCUUUGAGCUCUUGCCUACAGAUGGACGCAACACAGUCAUCUCGCAGAAGCAAGCGACCCUGGGCGGUUACGACUCUACUGGUCUUCAAGCAACACAUAUGAAUAUGACGCGGUUCGCAACUUCGGAAGAUGAUGGCUUCAAACUUCUCGUGGAAAAAUUGCUUCAAUGGACAUGCAGUCGAAACACUGGCCAUCAAGAGGCUCCACGUCCUAGAGCAGUGACCUCAUCGACGAAGAGCUAUCGACCAAUGUCUUCGGAUUAUGCCUCUCAUCGCUUCCAACGCGCAAAUAGAAUUUCAUCACCGAAUUUACCGCCCCUCUCGUGUAGUCGAAAGCGCUCCAGGUCUUUUGAGAGCUGGGAUCCAUUUUCGUGGGCUGCCGAGAAUGGAGAUAAGACCGUUAUCAGCAUGUUCCUCAAGACGGGCAAAGUCAACAUCAAUACAAAGAGCGGCAAAUACGAUCGAACCGCGCUACUUACAGCCGCAUAUUUCGGGCAAGAGGAAAUAGUAGAAGUGUUGCUUGGCCACAAAGACAUUGAAGUUGAUGCAAAAGAUCUCCUUGGCUACACACCCUUAAUAGCGGCAGCUCGGAAUGGACACGAGUCUGUCGUCAGAUCGCUUUUAAACGUGGGCAAAGCCAAUUCGACUAUUGCAGACAAUGAGGGAAAGACUGCCCUGCUCUGGGCCUCUCAUGGGGGCUAUGCAACUGCCGCAGAGCUGUUACUAGACAAGCCUAAAGAUCAUGUUCUGGCGAGGGACGUCUUUGGCCAAACCCCGUUCUCGGCGGCCGCCAUGGGAGGCCACGAGAACAUCUUAAAGCUCCUGCUCGGGACGAACGAGGGCGAAAUUGAUCUAAAGGAUAACGCCGGUCGAACGCCCUUGUCUUUGGCAGCGGAGCAUGGACACUAUUCGGUGACAAAUUUGCUCCUGCGCACUGGCAAAGUCGACGUCAAUUCAACCGACAUUUUUGACAAGACGCCACUGAUAUUCGCAUCUGAAAACGGGCACCACGAUAUUUUGGGACUUCUUCUUGAUACAGGAACAGCUGAUAUUGACAAAAGAGAUCGCCUUGGUCACACACCACUACUGUGGGCGACAAAAAAUGGACACGAAACAGUUGUGAGGUCACUGUUGAGCACCGACGCAGUUAAUGUCAAUGCAAAGAAUCCCGCAGGUUACAACCCCUUACUCUUGGCUGCCAAGAAUGGCUGUUGCUCGAUAGUCAAGCUACUUCUUGAUACGAAUAAGGUUGAUAUGAGUUCAACUGAUGAACAUGGUCGUUCACCGCUAUGGUGGGCGCAGACCAAUGGACAUGAUAUCAUCGUUAAACUACUACAAAGCACGGGAAAGAUUCUUCCUUUGGAGCAGGACAGCGGAAAUGGUUCCGCAUCAAUUUCACCAUCAAAAAAGAGAUUGCAUAAGUCUGUUUCAAAGUCGAAAUUCAGCGUUGGUGCUGUAGAUGAACGGUCUUAUCGUACAGACGCCCGCAUGAAUAGCCCAUUCAAGGAUCACAGGCAUGGCACGAAUUCGUCAACAUCUGCUGACCAGCAAGCCAGAUUUCCGCUAGCGAAACCAAGGCAGUCUAUCCAUCGUCAAAUCGAGAAUAGCACCAGCAUUGCCGGAAAUGUUUUGCUUCAAAAAGUUGAACAGCUUAAAUCCAGAAUACCAGAGAACCAAAAAGAGUUGUCACAGGGGCAAUAUGCUGCGGUGCUGGACAAUCUCCAACAAGUCUCUUUCGAUUUGAGACAGCUUCAAUCAGAAAUAGACAAUGGAAAGCCGGCAACGACUCGAAAUACAGGUAUUAAGCUAGAACAACAAUCUUCUCUGCUCCAACGUGUUCUAUCCGUCACAAAAUUGAUGCGUCGGCCGCACGAGAUGGGCACAGACCAGACUCGAGACCAAAUCCUCGAGCAAAUAACUGGCAUAACACUAGAGUAUCUAGAUAUGCUGAUGGGUUCCGUGAAAAUUGCUGAGGACCUUGACAAGUCCCUAGCAAUCGCUCACAAAGCAAGCGGCACUGGCGAGUCACGGGCUCUUGGGGCCACCACCCAUACCCCGAACGAGAAGCAAGUUUUAGAAUCACGACCCGGGGAGGUAAAAUACUCUGUGCGGCCAUUCAAUCCCUGUCGACACUCAACUCACUUCGACGCAAGACAUGAGUACUUCCGGGGCCGUCGACUUUCUGAUACCUGCAAGUGGUUCCAUUCCACGGUUGAGUUUCAGAAUUGGUUUUUUGGCGACAAAAAUGACGCGCUGUGGUGUUGGGGAAUCAACGGAUGUGGGAAAAGCACAAUUGUCUCGAGCGUCAUUGAUAUGCUAGAGCUCACAGGCCACAUUCAUGCCUACUACUACUUCAGCGAGGAGAAGCGACAAUCUGCUACAAGGCUAGUAGCAAGUCUCCUUGAGCAACUACAGGCUCAGAUUGACUGUCUUGACUCAUCUCCAAGUGACAUAAAACCCACAGCUGUGCCUGGCACUUACGAGAGUCACGAAAAGAGCCUUGCUUCAAAGCAAGAGAGCUUCCAUGUUCUGCUCGAAGAGAUGACGAAAAUCUGUUCGAAAACUACGCAAGGUGUUUUUGUCGUGCUUGACGCAUGGAGGGAGUCAAACAUGAAAGAUGCUGACGAAUUCCACGAAGUUCUUGAGCAUCUUCGCUCGGCCCAUUGCAAGAUAUUGAUAACAAGUCGGACAAGUGACGUACAGAACAUCUUUUGCGACCACGUGGAUAUAGGAAUCGAUUUAAAGCACAACAUCAGCGACUUGUGCCAGUAUGUUGAACAAAACAUUCUUGAAUGGGCAGAAAGUGGACAUGGCGAGAGAGGUGCUAUGAAUAGGCUCGAGAUAUCUCGCGUCGUAGACAUUAUUGCGAGCAGUUCAUACGGAUCAUUCUACUAUGCACAUAUGCUUGUGCAAAUAUUUAAAGGAGUUUAUUCCCCAUCUGACUCCAUGAAUAUGCAUUUCCUUCAAAAGUUAUUCCACCUGGACCGGCCGAUGUAUAUCAUUUCGGAAAUGCUGGAAAUAUUCGAGCGAAACGAGAGUUUCUGGCCUGCCAAGGCAACACUGUUCUGGUUGUCUAUUUCUCCGUGUGGAGUGCCUAUGCAAUCACUUCAAAGCGCUCUUCCUCUGAUUUCUGCAAACUUCUCCAACGCCAGCGACGAAACCUUCGGCGAAGAUUUCGACAUAGUCCUGGAUCAACUGACGGGCAUUGCAGCAGUUGAUCCUGGAACCGCAACGCUGCAAAUAGCUUCUGACGAUAUACGAUCGGCAAUUCUGGAAAGAUGGGGGAAUCCAAGCCAGGAUCUCAUAUUCAACAUCUUCAGACUCUGCGUCGAGAGUCUUGGCACAAUUGACGCUCAUUCCCUGCGCACCGAGGCCUUGAUGGAGUCUUUUUUAAAAAGUAAUCCAUUCCUUGUAUAUGCUACGCAAACGUGGGCGUUCUACCGUAGAAAGCUGCUUGACUUAUCUCACAAUUCUGCACAUAGCCCGAAGAAUGUGCCCUUGGUGUCCGACCUGACCCAGAGACAGCCACAUGUUGGCCAGAUGUCUAUUGUCCCAGUUGAGGAUAGUCCAGAGGAGAGUGUGAUAGGAUCCGUCGACAACUACACCGACCGUGUUGCCAUCCUCACGAGGGCGCUCUUCGAAAAUGAAAACGUCCGCGCCAUCUUAGCCGUAUCCUUGUAUCUUGACGGUGAUUCCGAGGAAGGACACGUCGACUAUCAGAGCAUCCGCUCCUGGGUCUGUUCUAUGUCAAGGGUGCAUAUUGCAGCACGACUCGGAAUGAACGAUCUUGUUUUGGAGACACUGAUUAAUGACCCUUCGGGUUGCCAGAAACAAGAUGAUAAAGGCCGAACACCACUUCAUGAAGCAGCACGCGCUGGAUUUCUCGACGUAGUCAAAACGCUGUUGUCAGCCGGGGCUGAAGUCGAUGCUCCGAAUCAUUCGAACAAUACCCCUUUACAUUACGCGAAACACUCCGGCAAUCACAGGCUCUUUGUGCUCAUGUUUGAACACUUUUGCAGAAAGUAUUGCCCGGGAGAGGUCUCUGGAGCUGUAGACGAAGUUGCAAAGCACAUCGAUGAUUACGCUGCCUGCAUUUGUCCUGAUAGCACUACACGUCACAUCAGGCGAAAGAAAGAGUUGGCGAUGAUUAAUGCAAUCAGGCAGGGUCAGGUUGGAGUUUGUCGCUUCCUAGUCGAAAAAUGCUCACUGAGUAUGGAUUGCCGGGAUGACAAUGGUGUUCCAGCACUCCACGUCGCCAUAAAUACGCAGCAACUUGAGCUAGUCAGACUCGCAUUGGCCGCCGGAGCAAGCCCAUCCGCUGUGGGAGGGGAGAAAAAUGAAUCAGCUCUGCACUUGGCGGCGCGUUUAGGGAACUGCGACAUGGUGGUGCUUCUCAUGAGCAAGAAUGCCUCCAUGCGACAUGUCGACAAUGAUGACCGCACUAUCCUUAUGGCUGCCGUAGAGUGCCAAAGUGACGAAAGUGCCGAGAAGAUCAUGCUCAAAUUCCUCCGCUACUUCUAUCUGGACGAGAUUGAGAUUCUCGUCAAAAGAGACAGGUUUGGUCGUGGGGUGAUGCAUGUAGCUGCCAUGAAGGGAAUGACUAAGUUGUUACAGAUGUACAUCGACCCUGGGUUCUAUGUCAAACUCACGGCACCAGAUAACAAAGGGAAACGGCCGCUUGAUUAUGCACAAGAGCACGGCCACGGUGAGGCUGCAUGCGUCCUCAAAGAUUGGGAUGACUCUAGGGAAAGACUAAGAUAA